AUGGAAAGGAAAGAGGACGCAUCUGAUGGCGAAGCGCUGAGGUUCCCCGCCCCGCCACCCGGCUCCCGGGCAGACGGGGCAGACGAACGUCCGACCCCGAGGCCCACCGAGCCCCGCCGCCUGCAGAGCCGGAGCGGGAAAGGGGGUCGCACCCGCGGCGGGUCCGAGGCUGAGGUGCUGAGCACCCAGAGGCUCGGCCGCUGCCGCCUGCACGCCAUCGCCAGCGCGUUCGCCGUGAGCCCCACCGCCCAGGUGAGUAGCGGCCGAAAGAGGCCGGGCUGCCCCGGGUCCCCAGGCGACGAGGGCGGACGGCGUCCGAACACCUGGAGGAAGCUGGCAGCGCUGACCCAAGCCCCGGCGCGCUGGGGUGAUGAAGCGGGGAAGGAGAAGGCAAAGGGGACGACGACCCCGCAGGCAGCACGGCGCGCCCCCAGCCAGCCAGGCUGA